AUGUCUCCAUCACCACCUCCAGCAGCCAAGCGCAAGCGCACAAAGGUCUCCAACGCCUGUCAACAAUGCCAGUCUCGCAAGUCACGCUGUGAGCUCGUCACCGCGUCGGGCUGUCACCGCUGCCGCGUGCUGGGCACCGACUGUUCGCUGGCGAGGGAUGAGGAGGCAGACGACAGCAACCAAGAUGUGUCCCCCGAUUCAAGCCACGACCCGUUAAAAGCCUCUGCAGCGACCGAGUUACGCACAAUGCGCAUCAAAAUGGAACGCAUGGAGUCAACAAUAGCCAGUCUCGCCCGCCUCCUCGCCGGCGCUCCACAACCUCGACGGCCGGACGGUGAUGGCCAACACCUUGCACUGCCGGCCGACUCGGAGGAGUACUACAUGAGCGCUUCAUCCCGCAUCUCGUAUGCUCUGCAGCUUCCCUAUCGCCCGUCGUUCCCAGACGUUGUCGCUCAUGGCCUCGUCACGUCCGCCGGCUUGCGAGAAGCCAUCCGAAUAACUCGCGAAACGUUGCCGACAUACCUACCCAUCAACCUUGGUCUUGACUCUACGGACCACCUCAUGCGUGCAUGCGUUGUACACUACGCCGCACACCGUUCUCCGACACUGGGUUCCCCGGAAGACACCCGCUUCCGUGCUCGCGUCCUGCAUCGAGUCCAUGUCGAACUAGCAGCACUGCCCUCUGCACCAGCAUCGCGUGAUACCCUGAGAGCCUGUUUGGUCUUUUCGCAUGCCCCAGGUGGAACAACGGUACACGCUCUUCCGAGCAGGGCUGACCCGUUUGGCGCGUCGGCGCGCGCUUUCGCGUCCCUGGAGGAGGUGGGCGUGAACGAGGCGGUGUACAUUUUGGGGCGAGGGGCCUGGACCACAGUGGGCGUCGACAACCUUAUCGAGGACGUUCAGUUGUGUACCAUCGAUAUGCUUGCCUUGUCCUUUUUCCCGCCCGCCUCUUCAGCACCGCGCUUGUACUCGAUCCUUCCAGUGGAACGCGCACGGUCUCUGGGGCCGGAGACGGUGCACCUCGUCCUCGAGUCGAUGCUUCUAGACGCCACGCAGCCGCUGACAGAGGCUGUGCGAGCGUUGAGGAUAGCCCCAACGUUUGACUCUGCCCUCGUGGAUAAUCUUCUGGCGACGAUACAGGCCACUCACGACCGAUUGGAGGCCUGGCGCGAGGUGGUGACCACAGAGUCUCUUGCCACCACCCCGUACCUCCUCCUCCACUCGUACCAGCUGGAGGCUGCCAUGUGCCUCAAGCUGAGCUCAGAUUCAAGACACGCCAUACCCCUCAUUGUUAAGGGUGCCCGAUUCCCUGCCAUCAUUUCAGGUUUUGGCAAGCACCUCGUUGGAUCAUGUCGUGUUAUUGCCGAACAGUCUGUCCAACAAACCACCAACCUGACAAUGCUUCCUGGAUUUUCCCUCACAAUCUGCUUCCUCGCAUAUGCGACGUUGCGGCAGAUAAAGCUCCUGCACCCCGAGAUUGAGUUACCGGACAUGCUCGCCUUUCGGAAGACACUCGAGGAGUCGCACCUCUCCGCUGAGAAGACGUUGACAUACAUUGACAACAUGAACGCGGCCCUGGUGUGGAGUGACUUUGUCAAUUCUCCGCCCGAACCACAAGAGCCAGCCCCGUUCAUGUGGGAGGACAUGUUCUUGGGAUUUGACUGGAAUGCCUUUGAUCAUCAGAUGCUAGGAAACAUAUGA